AUGGGCAAACUCGCAGGCUUCAGCAAUGUUUACUUGAUCAGUGGACUGACGACCAUCGGGGGCCUGAUCCAGGGCUUCGACGUGUCGAGUAUGUCUGCGAUCAUUGGCACCGAUGAAUACAAAAUUUACUUCAAUAAGCCCGAUGCGGUUCUUCAGGGAGGUAUCACAGCGAGCAUGGCGGGUGGUUCCCUCCUGGGCUCGCUUCUGUCUUCCUGGACGAGCGAUCGGUUUGGCCGACGCGAUUCUCUCUUCAUCGCAUGCAUCAUUUGGUUGAUUGGAUCGACCUUGAUGUGUGCUGUACAGAACGUCCCAAUGUUGAUCGUUUCUCGAGUGAUCAACGGGUUCUCUGUCGGCAUGCUUACGAGUCAAGGGCCAAUUCUUAUCGCCGAAAUCAGUCUCCCUCACCAACGUGGCCGGCUACUUUCAUUGCAGCAAUGGAUGAUUACUUGGGGUAUCAUGAUCAUGUACUUCAUUAGCUACGGCGCAUCCUUCAUGGGCAACAACGGCGUUUUCCGUCUUCCGUGGGGUAUCCAAAUGCUCCCAGCCAUUGCCCUCCUCACCUGUCUACCCUUCAUGCCGCGCUCCCCUCGCUGGCUGGCGGCGCAUGACAGAUGGGAGGAGGCCGUCGAGGUUCUCUCCCGACUCCACGCCAAGGGCAACACACUGGACCCUAUCGUUAUAGCACAGACAAAUGAGAUUCGCGAAAAGAUUGAAGACGAAAAGCAAUACCAGAGCACGUCGUGGCUCGAGCUCUUCCACUCACGCAACAUCGUUCGUGUUCACAUUGGCAUUUUCACCCACAUCUGGUCUCAAAUGUCGGGCACCAAUGCACUGAUGUAUUAUAUCGUAUAUAUCUUCCAGAUGGCUGGUCUUACUGGCAACAACACCCUCAUCUCUGCCUCUAUUCAAUAUGUCAUCAAUGUGGUCAUGACUCUCCCCGCCCUCAUCUUUAUCGACAAACUUCCUCGACGCCAACUGUUUAUCUUUGGGGCUCUUGCCAUGGGCGUCUUCCAGUUUACCCAGGCUGGACUCAUGGCCUCCUACGGACACUAUGUUCCAGGUGGCCUACCUGGAUCACCAACGGUUACUUGGAAAGUCACCAACCCCAAGGCCUCCAAAGCGCUCAUCGCUUGCUCGUAUCUAUUCAUUGCAUCAUAUGCACCCACUUGGGGGGCAUACCCUCCCGAGAUCAUUCCCUUAUACAUCCGUAGCAAGGCCGUUUCACUUUCAACCUUCUUCAACUGGGGCUGCAACUUUGCACUUACCUUCUUCACUCCGCCUGGUUUUCAAAAUAUCCAGUGGAAGCUUUACUGUAUUUUCGGUACCUUCUGUAUGGUCGCUGCCCUACACGUCUUUUUCCUGUUCCAGGAAACCUGCGGCAAGUCCCUCGAGGAAAUCGACGACAUCUUUGACAACCAGAGCAUCUGGGCUUUCAAGGUUAGGCACACAGCCAGUCGGUUUGUCGCUGAUAUCGAACAGGCGAAGGAGGACCUAGAUGCUGGUAAGAUCGGUGUGAAUCACGUCGAGCCCGUGAAGUCCUCCGCGGCAUAG